CUAUUAUCAAAAACUAUUAAAGUUCAGCAAAAAACCACUAGCUAAUAAGCAAACAAGUAAAAGUCAACAGUCACCAAACAACAAAUCUUACAAUGAAUAUGUAACAAAGAAUCAAGGAAAUAGCAAAAAAAACCUAGGGCUGCAGCAUCGAUAAUCAAAGAAUCUUUAUGUUCUUCUAACAGCUUAGAAAAUAGCAGAAACAUUACAAUGAUUUUGAAUAUUUGGGAAAUGGAUCAUUCGCUUUAGUAAUUAAAGCUAUUAACAAGAAUUCUCAAAAAUAAGUUGCACUAAAAAUUGUACUAUGCAACUAAAAUGAAUCUAACGAGGAAGAGUCUGCUUUGAAAGAGUACGAUUUACUUAAGAAGAUUAAGCAUUGUCCAUAUCUUGUUGAUGUUUACAAUCAAUUCUAUGUCUAUGAAGAAGAAAUCAUUAUUUAAGAUUCAGAUGAUGAAGAGUAAAUAGCUGAAAAACCUAAAAAUCAAAAUGAAAAAUUGAAGUCCUUCUUAGUCUUAGAACUCGAAUUUUGCAAGACAAAUUUAGCAGACUACUUUAGAUAUUGUAGAGAAAAGAAUCAAUAUCCUGAUAAGAAAAUGAAAGAAAUCCUAACUAUCCAAAUUCUUGAUGGAAUAUCCUUCCUCCAUUAGAAAUCGUUCCUACAUCGAGAUAUCAAACCAAACAACAUCCUUCUUUAGUUUGAUAACUAAAACAAUCCGAUUAUCAAGAUUUGUGAUUUAGGUUUUGCAUCUUUCAUAUCUCCAAGCCAAUCAAAGAUCCACACUAAAUAGAAAGGAACUAGGGAAUAUAUGCCUCCAGAAUCAUAGUUAGACAUUUGGAGAAGAGAAAGUGACCUAUUCUAAGUUGGGAUAGUUCUAUUAGAACUAGAUAACAUUCAAAAGUUUGACUUCUUGAAGACUACAGAUGAUGAAAGGUACGUUCUAAGAAACGGUUAAAUAUUCCCAAAUUAAUCACUUGACAGAAAAUCUAACAUUUUCUAAAUUGCUUAAACUUUCUUGAAUCCUAACAUUAAAGAACGUUAAUCUGCAUAAAUGUUUCUUGAAUGGCUUAUAUGGAAAGAUCCGUAAUAUCAAAGUAUUGAAUUGAGUUCUAUCAUCAUAAUGCCAUAAUUAGGGAAGAAAGUACAUGAAAUACUAAACAGUAAUCCUCAGUAGGAAUAAGGUCUUAAUGUAAGUUAAAAAAUUUAAGAAUCUAUGUGGAAAUCCUAAAUCAUGCACAAGGUAAGCUAGAUCAAUUAAAGCUAAAAUUCUAUUUAAGCCAUGUCAUAAUCUUAGAUUUAUAAGGUUUAAAUUUAGAGCUUGCUAAAUGACUACUAAAGCAUGAUAAAAUAUAGAAUUUUUACAGAAGAUGAAUUGAAAAAAGCAAUGCUAUUACUAUUUAACAAUACAAACUAUAGUAAGAGCUUUAAUCUGAUCAACCAAGGAGGGAAAGGAGUUAUUAUAGGUGCAUAUAAUUUGAAAGAUAAAAGAGAUUGUGUACUGAAAAUAUAAAAGGUUCAAUCAAAAUCUCGUAUAAUAAAAGAAAUUAGCAUUCUUAAAUGCUGUCAAAUGCCUUUAAUUGUAAAAUUAUACAAUUCAUUUUAUCUUGAUGUUGCUAAAAAGGAGGAUUUCGUAGUCUAUGAGUUAGAAAAGUGUGAUUGUGACCUUAAAGCUUACUUAGAAAAAAAGUAAAAUGGUUAGCAAUUAUCUUAAGAAGUUAAAGAAGAAAUUGCUAUUUAAAUGAUGGAUUCUGUUAAUUACAUGCAUAAACAUAAUAUCAUCCACAGAGAUAUUAAGCCUUAAAAUUUUUUAGUUUAAGAAAGCAAUAGCUCUAUCCCAGCAAUCAAAUUAAGUGACUUUGAUGAAGCUGAUUAUUUAAGAUUAGAUUAAGAUUUAGAUUACGAUCAUUUCUUUAAUACAGGAGAUUGGACUGUAAAAGAAUAUUUUGCACCUAAUUGUGAUGGGUGUGGAACAUUUGGUUAUUGGGCACCUGAGUAAAUAUACUAAAAGUAAUCAACAAUUGAAAGUGAUGUAUUUAGUCUAGGAAUAUCUUUAUCUUUGUUAGAUAACUUUUAAAAAUUAUAACCUUUAUAUCAUUUUGAAAGUUUAAAAAUUGGAAAAUAUUUUGCGGAAGCUUUUGAACCUUAUAAUGGCUAAUUAGAUUUAAUUAAUAGAAAAACUAAAAUUUAUUAGAAAGCAAUUAUGUACUCAUUAGUUUAUGAUAAAUACAAAAGAAAAGAUUUAUCAUAAAUUUUAGAUGAUUUCAAAUAAAAUUAUUUUUCUAAAGAGAUAAAAUAAAUUUCUUUAAUAAAUGAUCAUGAAAUUGCUUAAAUUAGUAUAAAGGAUAACAACAUUGGUGCAGAAGGAGCAAAACAUAUUGCAAUGAGCUUAGAAAAGUGUCAAAAUAUCACUUCUUUGAAUCUCAAUCUUGAGGGAAAUCAAAUUGGUGCAGAAGGAGCAAAACAUAUUGCAAUGAGCUUAGAAAAGUGUCAAAAUAUCACUUCUUUGAAUCUCAAUCUAUGGGAUAACAACAUUGGUGCAGAAGGAGCAAAACAUAUUGCAAUGAGCUUAGAAAAGUGUCAAAAUAUCACUUCUUUGAAUCUCAAUCUUAGGGGAAAUGAAAUUGGUGCAUGGAAAUGGAAAUGGAAAUACUCGCACAUAUAAUUUUUUGAAAUUGGUGCAGAAGGAGCAAAACAUAUUGGAAUGAGCUUAGAAAAGUGUCAAAAUAUCACUUCUUUGAAUCUCAAUCUAUGGUACAACAACAUUGGUGCAGAAGGAGCAAAACAUAUUGCAAUGAGCUUAGAAAAGUGUCAAAAUAUCACUUUUUUCAAUUUAUAUGUGAGAAAGGGAAACAAUUUGAAUGAAAAAGCAUUUUUAGAUUUAAACUAAAUUUCUAAUAAGCUUUAUUAAUUAUAAAAACUAUAGAUUUAAUGA